AUGAAGCUACCUCGAGCUCCAUUUCGGAGCCUCGAGCCUCGACUACCCCUCCGAGCUACCUUCUCGAGAAGGAUAUCUACGAUAGCUCCUACAACAAGAACGACAACUCGAUAUGUCUUGCCCUCAAGUACAUUUAACAACCACCGAACCUAUGCCUCCGUCUCUGCCGCUGAACUUCGCUUCGGGCAGCCCGUCCACGAAACCCAUCCUCACAUCCUAAAAGCAGGUGAGAUCACGCCGGGCAUCACAGCGCAAGAGUAUGCCGACCGCCGGGCCGCUCUGGCGCACUCCAUGACGGAGGGCAGUAUUGCUGUCCUCCAUGCUGCCUCUCUCCAAUACAAGUCCGGUGCUGUCUUUCAUGCCUACAGGCAAGAGUCAAACUUUCUAUAUCUUACAGGAUGGAUGGAAGGAGAUGCCAUUGCGGUGAUCGAAAAAACAGGCCCGGAAUAUGGCGACUAUGUAUUCCAUAUGUUCGUUAAGCCCAAAAACCCCCGUGAGGAACAAUGGAAUGGUUAUCGCAAUGGUGUUGAGGCUGCAAGGGAUAUCUUCAACGCCGACAAGGCUCAUACCAUCACUGAAGCAGAGCAUCUGCUUCCCAAAAUUCUCGAGUCCGCCAAACUUAUCUACGCAGACUCACCACCAUCGAAAGGCGGCAUUGCUGCCACAGCAACUUGGCUCUGGCGGAUCAUCUCUGGGAGGGAAACUCGGCCGACUCGAACGCCGCUCUAUUCUGUCAUGAAUAAGCUUCGGGUGGUCAAGAGUGAAGCAGAAGUUGCGAAUAUGCGAAUUGCAGGUCAAAUAUCCGGACGGGUCAUCACAGACGCUAUGCGCCAGCCAUGGAAACGUGAAAAGGACUUGCAUUGGUUUCUUGACUAUCAAUUUGCGGCCAAUGGCUGUGAAGGCCCGGCUUAUAUCCCCGUGGUAGCUGGUGGUGAGCGGGCAAACUGUAUUCAUUAUACGGUGAACAACAGCACAUUCAAAGAGGACGAGUUCAUUCUCAUCGACGCCGGCGGCGAGUAUGGAACAUACAUUACUGACAUCUCCCGCACCUGGCCAGCCUCUGGCCGCUUCACUCCUGCACAGCGUGACCUAUAUCAGGCCGUUCUCAAUGUGCAACGAUCCAGUGUCUCGCUCUGCAGGGAAAGUUCUCGACUCUCACUCGAGGACAUCCACAAUGUUACUGCGCGGGGACUUGUUGAUCAGCUGCGCGCCAUUGGUUUCGAUGUCAACAUGGCCAACAUCGACCAGCUGUUUCCCCACCAUGUCGGCCACUAUAUCGGCCUUGACGUGCAUGAUUGUCCUGGUUACAGCCGUCGCGAGACCCUUCGUCGAGGCCACUGCAUCACCAUUGAGCCGGGUGUUUACGUUCCCCACGACGAUCGAUGGCCGGCCGCCUUUAGAGGCAUGGGUGUCCGAAUCGAGGACAGUGUAUGCGUAGACGACGACUCACCCUACAUCCUGUCCACCGAGGCAGUGAAAGAGGUUGAUGACAUCGAAGCGCUACGAUCAUGA